CAUCUGCCGCACGGCUUUGAAGUCUCCGUCGCGGCGGGUCAACCUCUACACCUUCGGGCUCCACGGCGGAGGGGGCAGAGGGACGGAUAUAGCAUUCGUAAAAAGCCGCCCUUUGCGACGACGGCAGCCGGGCGGACUGGGUCCCCGUGGCAGUGUACGGCGGGGCUGCCUGCGGCGAGAGCUAUAAUAGGAGGUCGUUAAUGUCGGCACGUUCGACGCGGCGAAGGGCACCGCCUGCGAUUGUCGUCGGGUCAUCUGCUGCCUAGGAAUCGGUAAUCGUGUGUUUUUCACAUCGUUGCUCCAGUGUGACGGCACGCCGAAAGAACGCGCACACCGUUCACUCGUGUGCCUGUGACAGUGCAUUGUGCAGUGUUAUUGCUUCGUCUCCGUCUAACGGCGAGGCCCCGUUGCAUCGGUUCCGGUAGUGUUUCUCAAUCCCCACGAAGAGGACAGCAGUCGUGUGCUACCUUUCGUUCGAUAUUCCAAGCACUUGCGUUCCCAUGGUCUCUGCACCCAGGUGUUACUCGGCGCACGUUUUCCCGCUUCCUACGUCGUCUCUUUCUCAUUGAGCGUUGAUUCAUAUAUACUGCGCCCGCCCUGUGACUCACGCAGCUGUCGUACUAAGGCACAGCUGCCUUCCCCACGUGAAAGGUACGUGCGAUGACGAAAGUGUAAAGAGAAAUACCCCUACGAGCAGCCUGGAAACUGCAAUAAUCGACUGACCGCAAGCACUCUUCUCAAGGUGAGAGAGCGGUGGAUUACUGGGAGCGAGAGCACAUCAAGCCAAGAGGCGCGCGUGCGAUGGCAUGUUAUAACGCGUAUAUACGACACGCGUACUACCUUUGUUAUUUCCGAAAGGAAACAGAAGACCUGGUCCGUUUACGGGGAGACGCUUAGGAAGCGCAGCGACAAUGUCGGCUUCGAGCUCCGCCGCUCCGAAACAGCUUCACGGCGUGCCCGACAACCUGCUCUACGUGUUCGUUAUCAGCCGCCACGGCCAGCGAACUCCUAUUAUGCGCUGCCGGAACCUGUCCAAGAAAGAACCCGUCGACUACGGCCAACUCACCGCGACGGGUCGAGAACAGACCUUCAAGCUGGGCCAGUUCCUGCGGGACCGCUACGACGUGUUCCUGCGGGGCUCCGACUCGCCUGGUCAUGUACUGGCCACGCACAUCCCCCUGGACCGGUGCCGCGACAGCGUGAAAGAGACGGUGCGCGGCCUGGGAGUUCCCGCGGCCCCGAUCAGCACCGACCCGACGCAAUACGGUGUGCCCUUUUUAGGCAGCGUGAACGCCAACAUGGACAGGGUGCUCAAGGGACCCGCUCGGGGCAAGUUCAAGACCCUGGAAGACCUGGUACACUUCGUCGCCAAGAAGACGGGGGCGCCGUGGCGCAACAACACCGACAAGUACCUCGGCAUGGACAGCCUAGUGACUUACGUGCUCAACGGUAACCCCAUGCCCGACUGGGCCAAGUCCAUAUGGGAGGACUUGCUGUGGGCCGACCAGACGGUGUUCGCGCAGAUGCUCGUUGGUUACGAGCGACCGUUCGCGGCCUACAUUCUGGGACACGUGCUGGACACCCUCGCGGAGAAGUUCGAGGAGCGCGUCAAAGGGCCCGACAGGAUGCACGUCUUCUCCAUGUCCGACAUGAGCCUGUUUUCGGUGCUCAAGCUUCUGAACGAGUCGCACCACGUUCGACCGUGCUUCUGUGCCAGCAUUCUGAUUGAGGUGUACAAGGAUGGCAACGUGAACCGCGUCCGAGUGUUGUACCGUACCGAGGAUGAACCUUGUCUAGUUCCCACGAACAAGGUCGAGAACCCGUGCGAACUGAGCGAAUUUCUCGAAUUCUUGCGCGGCAUUCUAAAUACGCCUUAGCUGCCACUGGGACUGGAGCAACCGGUUCGUGCGUCAGU